GUAACAAGAAAUAGAAAGGACAGCGGGAGCUUCAAUAUAAGAACUGCUUCCAACCUUGAAAGCUUUCUCGCCACCAAUCCACAAUGUCACUCCCUCUCUUCACAGACCCUGGAAUCCUCUGGGUAACCUCAAAAAUAACCCAUCCAGACCACCUCUCCGAGCAGACCUACCUCAACUGGUACGACAAUGAACAUAUUCCCGAAGUCCUCUCUGUAACGCCCAUUGCCUCCCUUCUUCGAUUCCGGAAUCUAGAUCCCAAUGCUGAGCGACCAUACCUUGCAACAUGCCCGCUCCAAGAUAUGGCGGAUGGUGGAGAGCUUCGGAAAGUGAGCGUUAAGAGUGAAAAGCUCCCGGAUGAUAGUGGAGUUCUGGGUGGGAGCUCGCAUGACUGUGCGGAUUUGGAUUAUAGAUUCUAUCAAUUGAUACAGAAGUAUGAACCGAAUGGAAGUGAAGCAACUUUAGGCAAAACGAAAACGAUUGUGACUGGUGGAUUUGAUAUGGGACCAGAAGUUUCGGAACAAGAAUUUCACGACUGGUACGACAAGGAACAUCUCGAGCUUCUCUCCCAGCUCCCAGGCUAUCUCCGCACUACACGAUACAAGUUACUCAAUCACCGUACCAACGCGGAAGCAAGAGCAAUCAAAGGCCUACCAUCAAGACCAAAUGAUACUGCGAUAGAAAAGACCGAACCACCUAUGUUCCAUGCAGUUCACGAGUUCUCGAUAGAAGAACUUGAUAAUGAAGCGGCGAUGAAAACGAUUGGGACGGAACGGGCGAAGAGGAUCUUUUCGAAUGCGACAAAGAGUGAAUAUGCUGUAUAUAGGCUUGAGAAGAGCUUUGGGGAUGGAAAGUUCCACCAUUGAACCAUGGGAGGCUGAGGCGAUGGUCUGGAGUGGUGGAGCAUUGGAAGCGAGAGACUUGAUCUGUAUGGAAACAGCGUCGUGGCAUUGAUCUCGCUUAUCAAAAGGGGGACCUUGGCAUUAAGUCUGCUAUGUGAACGCUAUCUUGACUUGAAAGG